CUACGCUCAUGUCUGACAUGUAGCAGAAGCAACACAAUUUCAACCACAAUGUCUGAACUAAACGAUUAUUUGGAGGGCAAGAUCACGUUUGAAGAGUUUGAGAGGCGGAGAGAGGAGAGGAUAGCAAAAGAUAAGGAAGAAAAGGGAGAUGUUUCAGAUGAAGAUGAGACGGUUGAGCAAGAAGAUGCAGUCCCAUCCACUUCAAAACAAUGUUCAAAAGGCACACGGAAACGCCAAACAGAUAAGACAGAAGAGGGUGUCAGUCUGUCUGUUCAGAAAGCUUUUGCCUCCAUGAUUGGAGACGGAGAUGAAGAUCAGGAUGAUGAAGAUACAAAGAUGGAUUGGAAGGACAUCGGAGAGUAUGACGACGACGAUGAAGAGGACAAUGAUGGCAACGAAGUCACACCCGGAGAUGUGUUCGCACUUGAAAUGGAGCUGAACCGUGAAAAUAAAAAAAUGAUGAAGGAGAGGCGUCACCGUAGCAAGUUACCGCGCGCCCUGAGAGGACUCAUGGGAGAGGCCAACAUCCGCUAUGCUAGAGGAGAUAAGGAGGAUGCUAUCCUGAUGUGUAUGGAGAUCAUUCGACAAGCUCCUCUGGCGUACGAGCCGUUCUCCACAAUGGCUAUGAUCUAUGAAGAUCAGGGGGACAUGGAAAAGGCUCUUCAGUUUGGUUUGAUAGCAGCUCACCUGAAUCCCAGUGACUGUGAGGAGUGGGUCAAACUGGCCGACAUGUCUCUAGAGCAGGACAACAUCAAACAAGCCAUCAUCUGCUACUCUAAAGCGAUUAAGUACAACUCCAGUAAUGUUCAGUACCUGUGGGAGCGCUCGAGUCUCUAUGAGCAGGUGGGGGAACACAAACAGGCCAUGGACGGAUAUCGGCGAAUCCUCAGCCUUUUGCCGCCAUCGGAUGGAGAACAAUUCAUGCAACUUUCACGAGACAUGGCAAAGAGUUAUUAUGAAAGCAGUGAGUUGCCGUCGGCUAUAGGAGUCAUGGAGGAAGCUCUGGACCGACAUCCCGAGCUCGUCUCUCACGAAUGCGUUAACAUGGCCGCCGAGCUCUUUAUAGCCAAUCACCAACAUGAUAAAGCUCUAGCGGCCCUGGUGAAGUUUUGUGGCAUCGUGCUGAACAGAGAAGAGAAGGGAGAGACAGAAUCAGGUGACCACGCGCCUCCAAAAGUCGAAGAAGAAGAAGAACCGAAGAAAACUGAGUGUGAAAAGGAAACGGGGAAAAUUCUGGAGGUUGUGGUUCCUGAUGAUGUUCCUGUGGACAUCAGAGUGAAGUUGAUGGUCUGUCUCAUCCACCAGCACGUCUAUAAACCUCUGGAUUCUAUGUUGACAUCUCUGAUGGAGCAGAGUCCUGAAGAGCUUGGUGAUUUGUAUCUGGACGUGGCCGAGGCUUUUAUGGAAGAGGGCGAGUAUAACUCCGCCCUGCCUUUGCUCUCCGCCCUCGUUUGCUCUGAGAGAUACAACCUGGCUGUUGUUUGGCUCCGACAUGCAGAGUGUCUAAAGGCGCUGGGUCACUUGGAAGUCGCGGUAAAGAGCUACAGCAAAGUUGUUGAAAUGGCUCCAUUGCACUUAGAUGCCCGUCUGGCGCUUUCCACCCUCCAGCAGCGUUUGGGUCGACCCAACAUGGCCCUGGAGGCUCUGGAGCCCAUGUAUGAUGCCGAAACCCUCGCUCAGGACGCUUCAGCUGCCCAGCAGGAGCUGAAGUUGUUGUUGCAUCGCUCGACUCUUCUCUCUUCACAAGGACGCACUGAUGAUUACAUCGAUACUCUGUUAACUAUGCUGUCUAUGCUUCUUAAGGUAGGGAUGGUGCGUGCACAGGUGUGUAUCGUGUCUGAUACGUCCUCUGGUGUCAAACAUCUGAAGCUUGUGAAAGUGUCACGUAACAAACUGACAGACAUUGAUGACCAAGAAGCGGCUUACCUGGAUAUCAAGGGUAAGACAAGCGUGCUCUCCAGAGAUGACUGGUGGAAAUUAUUACUGCGCUGUUUGGCCGUGAUGUGUGAGGUGAGGCGUUUCACUGAAGCCGAGUUACUGGUAGACUCAACUUUAGAGUACUACUCUUUCUACGAUGAUCGCGUGAAACGCAAAGAGCUGGAAUACCUCGGCCUGUCAGCCGCCUUCCUCGACCGCAACUUCAGAAAGGCUUAUAACUACAUAAGGUUGAUGUUAAUGGACAACGUUGAGCGGACGCAGCUGUGGAACGUGUUUAACCAGGUCAUUCUGCACUCCCAGGACGCCCGACAUCAUCGUUUUUGUCUGCGACUUAUGCUCAAACACCCAGAUAACCACGCUCUGUAUCUUCUCAACGGACACACAUCGCUCGUUUCUGGAACUUUCAAACAUGCACUCGGUCAGUACAUGCAGGCCUUCAGAAACCAGCCCACCAAUCCCCUUUAUAGCUUGUGUGUUGGUCUCAUCUUUUUCCAUAUGGCCUGUCAGAAGUUUGUCAUGAAAAGGCACGCGCUUAUUGUGCAGGGUUUCUCGUUCUUGUGGCGGUAUGUAGAGUUCAGAGGUCACUGUCAGGAGUCUCUGUAUAAUCUCGGCCGGGCUCUGCAUCAGCUCGGACUCACUCAUUUAGCGCUUCAUUACUAUGAGAAAGCUCUCACCCUUCCUUCACUCCACCUGGAGGGAAUUGAAGAUGAUCAGGUGGACUUGAGGAGGGAAAUUGCUUACAACUUAUCUCUCAUUUAUCUAUCCAGUGGAAAUAAGGAGAUGGCCCGACAAGUCAUUUAUACACACUGUACUAUCUGACCAAGUGAAUCAUGGGACUAUAAAGAGUUAUGGCUCAAUUUACAGUACUUUUUUGUGUAAAAUUAAUGCAAAAGGUUGUUUUCUAUUUUUUAAUAAAGUAAUUUAUUAUA